GUUUCUCAGAAGGCUCUCAACAUGUACCUGUUGGUGGUGGUCGUCUCUCUUCUUCUGAGCUCUGUUCCCGCUCAGAGUCGUCCAACUGAGGAUUUAUUCGAAAAGAUCUCUGGGAAGACUGGUAACAUCACUAAGAAAGAUGACAUGCCAGUGUCAACUAUAAUCCAGUCCAACAAACAUGCAGGACAGCGAGUGGAUGGGCCCUUGAUCACGUUUGGAGACAUCGCCGUAUCAACAGGGUUCAAGAAUGCAGAUCCGUGCACAGCUCGUGAAUGCAAAUGGGAGAGAAGCACAGAUGGAUUGGUCUAUGUGCCCUACGUGAUCUCCAACCAGUACUCUCCAGAUGAACUAAAAGUGAUUGAAAGGGGCUUGUGGUCAUUUGUGGAUGUUUCCUGCAUUCGAUUCGUACCACAUGAAGGGCAGAGGCACUUUCUCUACAUAAAGUCUCAUUCUGGUUGCUAUUCAUAUUUGGGGCGCCAAGGUGGAGGACAGGUUGUUUCUCUCAAGCGUCCUGGUUGUGUCUAUCACCGUACUGUUCAACACGAGCUCCUUCAUGCUCUCGGGUUCCAUCAUGAACAGAACCGCAGCGACCGCGACAAACACAUCAAAAUCCUUUUUGAGAACAUCAAACCUGCACAGCGGCACAAUUUCAUGAGAAGAGAAACCAAUAACCUGGCAACCCCCUAUGACUACAAAUCUGUGAUGCACUAUUCAAGGAAAGCUUUCUCCAGGAACAACGAGCCAACCAUGAUUCCCAUUCCUGAUAGGAAUGUUGUGAUUGGUGAAGCUCGAAGUAUGAGCCGCAAUGACAUCCUGCGGAUUAACAGACUCUACUGCCGUUGAAGUGCUGCCAGACUGUAUGAAGGAUGUGUUUAAUGACAGUAUUCAUCUUCAUUUCAAUCAUCCUUUUUUGCACAUCACAGUGUUAAAUGAUUUGACUUAUUCUAUCUUUUUCAUUAAGACAUCCUUGAAAUCCGACACCUCUCAGU